AUGCUGAAGGGGAGGCGGCAGAUGGAGCAGGACGGGCAGUGGAACCGGGCGCUGGUCGUGUCCGUGGCCGAGUUUGACCCCGGGGUCAAACUGGGGAGGAGGCCCGGGGCCCGGAGGGACGAGAAGAGGCUGCACCGGACCCUCAGCAAGCUGGGCUUCAAGGUGGAGCUGCACCGGGACCUGAGGGGAGAGGAGAUCUACCAGCUGUUCCUCACAGAGAGCCGGCGUGCGGUGAAGGACUGCUUCCUGGCCGUUCUGUCGUCUCAUGGCGACGAGGGCUUCGUGUUCGGAGCGGACGGAGAACGCGUGCGACUGUCUCGUAUCUUCUCGUGUUUCAACAACGAGCUCAUGGAGAAAAAGGCCAAAGUGUUUCUGGUCCAGGCCUGCCGGGGACCCGACCUGGACGAUGGCGUGGAGGUGGAUUCGGCGGAUGAUGUCACAGCCUUCUCUCAGGACCUGUGGGUUCCUGUGGACACAGCAGUGAUGUACGCCGCGGCCCCAGGUUACGGGGCCUUCAUGCAUCCUCUGGGGUCCGUGUUCCUCCAGACCUUCUGCUCCCUGCUGGAGACCGAGGGGAACCGCGAGCUGGAGCUGACCCGGCUGAUGACCCGCCUGUCCCACCGCGUGGCCUUCACCUUCCAGGCCAAGGGGCGCUCGCUGGGCGGGAAGAAGGAGAUGCCCUGCUUAGUGACCACUUUGACCAGGGAGGUGUUCCCAUUCGCUGAGGCCCGGAAAGAGGGCGGGGCCUCGGGGAUUUCAGCCACGUCAUUGGUCGGCUCCAAAUCCGUCAGGAAGCGAACUCCCUCCAUCAGUUAG